CCCAACCCCAAAGCUCGCGGGGCCGGGGCCGAGCUGCGCCCGCCAGGGCUGGCGGGGACCCGGAGGCCAAAAUCUGGGUUCCCAUGGCGACGCCGGGAGGUGGCGGCUCCCGCCACGCGCGCACGCGGUCUCUCGGGGGCGUCGGCGGCCGCCUCGGUCCUCCGUAUUUUCUGUAUUCAUUUCUUUGGUUCUGACUCGGACUGGAGUACUGUAAGGAGAUAGUACUUUAAUCAUCUGCACAUCAAUAUUUAUGGAGUAGCCACAGGUGCUUCAUCCUGUAGUGGGAGUUCAUUAAUUAUGCAUUGAUUGGCCAAAUAAACAUCGAAUGUGAAAUUAUAUCACUGAAAACACUUUUGAGGUCCAAAUCUUGGCGCAUUCUACCUAUAUUUUAUGGACUCUGAUCUAAUCUCUGAAUUGACUUUUGUUUAAGUAACUCCAUGGAUUCCUUUGGGCAGCCCAGACCAGAAGAUAACCAGUCAGUAGUCAGCCGAAUGCAAAGGAAAUACUGGAAAACAAAACAAGUAUUUAUCAAAGCAACAGGAAAAAAGGAGGAUGAACAUGUGGUAGCAUCUGAUGCAGAACUAGAUGCUAAACUUGAGGUUUUUCACUCCAUUCAAGAGACAUGCACUGAACUUCUGAAGAUAGUUGAGAAAUAUCAGCUAAGACUCAAUGUUAUAUCGGAGGAAGAAAAUGAACUAGGGCUAUUUUUAAAGUUUCAAGCAGAACGGGAUGCAACCCAAGCUGGCAAAAUGAUGGAUGCCACUGGCAAGGCUCUCUGUUCUUCAGCCAAGCAAAGACUGGCCCUAUGUAUUCCCCUGUCUCGUCUUAAGCAAGAAGUAGCAACAUUCAGUAAAAGGGCAGUAUCUGAUACCUUGGUGACAAUUAAUCGGAUGGAGCAGGCACGCACAGAAUACAGAGGAGCUUUACUGUGGAUGAAAGAUGUAUCUCAGGAACUUGAUCCAGAAACCUUAAAACAAAUGGAAAAAUUCAGAAAAGUGCAGAUCCAAGUGAGAAAUAGCAAAGCUUCUUUUGACAAGUUAAAGAUGGAUGUUUGUCAGAAAGUGGAUUUACUUGGAGCUAGUCGCUGCAAUAUGUUAUCUCAUUCACUCACUACCUACCAGAGAACACUGCUUGGAUUCUGGGAGAAAACAGCUGGAAUGAUGUCCCAAAUUGAUGGGGCCUGUAUUGGCUUUCAUCCUUAUGGUUAUGUAGCUCUCAAGCAACUUCAAGACACUUCAAGCAAGGUUACUGAAGAUCACAAAGAAGAACAAGUAGAAAACAGUUUUCUUACUGAAAACCUCAAUAAGUUAGUUUUGCCAGAUGAGGAAAUUAGCUUGGAAAGUGAACCAGUUGAAGAGAACAAGGAAAGAGGAUUUGGAGCACCUCAAUUUUCAAAUUCUGAAAAUGCUGCAAAAGAUCUGCAUAUAGAUUCACUGGAAGAAGAUUUUGAGAAAGAAUUCUCAUUUCUGAACACUCUGAUAAGUCCCGGUUCUUCAAGUAACAGUGAACUUACCCAAGAAUGCCAGACUGCAUUUGGGAGCCCCAAUGCCAGUCUAAAGGAGCCUUCUGUGGGGUCUGAGUCUCUUGCUCAUUCUUCUGGAUUUCUUCCUUCACAACUUUUUGAACUUGGCCUUCAUGCUCCUGGAGCUUUCAACAGCUGGGCCUCGCGAGGGGGUACAGACCUUCCUCUUUCACACAUUGAUAACCCGCCAGUGCCUUCACAGAGUCCAAAGAAGUUAACAAGAUCUGUCAACAAUGGCAACCAAGACAUGUCAGCCUGGUUCAAUCUAUUUGCAGACUUGGAUCCACUUUCAAACCCAGAUGCCAUUGGGCAUGCAGAUGAUGAACUUCUUAAUGCUUGACUGAAGUUAUUAUGUCCCUUCAAUGGCCUUGAGACAUCAAUUUUGCAACAUAAUUGCCUUUGUGGAAAGGAGUUUAUAUUUUAACCCAUACACAAAAGCAUCAUGUUUGUGAAUUUAACAUUUGUCAACCAACUUUAGACAGAUGGUAAAGACCACAUUUGAAUAGAUUAAGUAUCUCUUUACUACCUUGAUUUGUAGCUUUUGAUAUGUUGAAAAAUAUUAUACACUCUUGAAUCUGAACUAGAUAACAAGAUUUAUUUCAAAACAGCUAGGAAUAUUUUGUCAAUAAGGAGGUGGGCUAUUACUUUGGAAAGUCUUUUACAUGAAAAUUGCCUUGACAGCUUAGAAGUCUCAAUGUGGCUAAAAGAUAGCAGAAAAGUUAGGGUUGUGGCCUGGGAUUGGUUUGUUAAAACAAUGAGAAUUUUUUUAAAUGGAAAAUAACAUUAGAACCAGACCAGUUUUUGUCUUUAGAAAGGUAGAUAAGAUUUUCAAACCCAUUUUGCUUCAGUGAAAUCACAGAGAAAUGUGGUGCUUGUUUUUUCCACUUGGAAGCUAAAAUGUAGUAUUUCCUUUCAUACAAAAUCAUGGACAUCCCUCAAUUUUGUUAUUGACUUUUUAUGAGGAAAUAGAUUUGUAAGUCCAUUCUCCAUAGAAAUGGGGAACAAACCCUCUUCUCAUCCCAUGAACCAAGAGUUUCCAGUAAUAGUCAAGAUAAUGUUCAGGUGUCAUCAGCUCUGGUUUCCUACACAUUUCUGUGCUAAUAUGUUCCCUUCCUAGAGAUGACAUCAUUUAAGGCCGUAUGUGAUUGCUAAGAAAACUGUUGCCAUUAUAGCAUGUAGAAUCUCAAUGUUGGAAGAAGGCUCUUUAAUAUAACUUAGUGUUUAGUUUAUGAAAACACAGCCACCAUAUAUACAUAUCAAGUUCCAGCUCAGUUUUCUUGCGCAUCCUUUAGUUUUGAGGUAGUUCUCCAGGGUUCUUUUGUCAACCAGUCUGUUUCUUCUUCAUAAGAAAACAUUUUCACUAAAUUAGCAUUGGAUCCCCAUAUGAUCCUAGUUCUAAACAAGAUUAUCAAAGAAUUGUCAUGUCAGAGUCAUUGUAUAUAGAGAACAUUUUUAUGACUAGACCAGAGUA